AUGACGCAGCGCGUCGCGUCCCCGAUGGGCUUUGAUGAAUUCCUGCUGGGCUUCCUCAGCUGUGCGGUGCUGUCGGUCACUGCGAUCAGCCUCUACGUCAAGAACAGGAGAAGGGAGGAAUCCAGGCUAAAGCAAACCAUCGCCGUGGAGAUCCUGCGCAACCUGAAUGUCGCCAAGCUGCGCAAACUCCUGGGAGACAUGGAUGUGCCGGCCUGGAUCACCUACUCGGACUUUGAGCGCGCAGAGUGGCUCUCCCAACUAGUCGUACUGGCGAACUACCUCAAGAAGCUUCCUAGCUUCGGUGCAAAGCUGCCGCAGCCGCCGAACGGUUGCAGCGGCUAUCUAUCAAAGCUGAUGGACAAGGUGUGGCCUUAUGUGGACAAUGCUGUGUCGGCAGUCGCGCGCGCAAAACUGGAGCCCAAGCUGAAGGAGCGCCGCGCUGCCUGGAUGGCCGACAUCACCCUGGAACAUUUUACGCUGGGCACGAAGGCUCCGAUGGUGACUGGCGUUAAGCUGUACCAUAGCUCGACAGGGGGUAUCUCUGAGACGGCCUCAAUGGACAUCGACUUCCUCUGGGGCGGCAACCAGGCAAGGCCGCUCAUCUUAAACACCUUUGAAUGGUCAUCAGAGUGGAAUACGUGUAUCAGGGAUGUUAGUCUGGUGAUAAAGCCGCUGCCCUUCUUCCUCAACGUUGCUCUGGGCCUGGCACAAUUCAUCAACAUCCAGGCAAUCACCCUUUACAUCCUCUUCCAAUCUGUUGGAGUGGAGCGGGUGAUAGUGAGCGGACGGGUGCGAGUUUUGCUGAGGCCCCUCAUGGACACUCUGCCCAUCAUCGGAGCCGUGCAGGUGGCGUUUGCAGACAUGCCGAGCUUCCGGUUUGAUCUGCGGCUGUUGGGGGGUGAUGUCACCAGCCUGCCCUUCCUGGAAGACUGGCUGCAGAACGUCUUGUGCUCCUUCCUGGAACACUACACCCUGCCCAACAAGGUGUCGGCAGAGAUCGUCAAGGGUGUGCUGGCGCAAGUUGAGCGCCCGGUUGGAAUCCUCACUGUGAGGCUAAUCGAGGCCGAAAACAUUCCCAGGAUCGACUUCUGCUCCGAGUCCGAUCCCUAUGUUGUGCUGUACAUCCGGCCGCACCGGCGCCUGCAGAGCACGAUAAAGAACAACCGCCGGCACCCGGUUUGGAACGAGUGUUUCCGGCUGCUGGUGCAUGAACCGGACCAGGACACUCUGACAUGCCUCCUCUAUGACUACGACCAUGUGCGCGCAGACACCCUCGUCGGCAGGGUGGAUUGGCCGGUGUCGGAGAUCCACCCCGGGCAGGAGAGGGAUCUGUGGGUGGAAGUCCAACCGCCGCAUUGCGCCAAAUCAAAGGCGGGCAGCCCAGACCGCCCGCAGGGCAGCUCUCCCGGGCAGCUUCCAGGACCCCGCAGGCAGGCUCUAAUCUCUUCAUUUCUUUAA